GGGCUCCCGAUAGUUAUAGUCGUUAAUAGGGGAUCUAAAUUCAAAGGGGAAGUAAAAGCUAUCCUAGAGGAACUAGGGGUAAAAUGUAUUAUCAUUUCUCCCUAUAACUCUAGGGCUAACGGUAUUAGUAAGGCUAGGUAUAUACCUAUUACGGCUACCCUAGUAAAGAUAACUAUAGGGACUAGAAAGAACUAG